AUGGGCAAAGUCGCUGAGCUGAUAAAGGCAGAUCUCAGCACCCCGGAGAGUAUAUCCAAAGGAGGGCCACAACCAUUACAAGAUAUAUUUAAAGAUGACAAGCUUGCCAAACAAGUACUAAACGCUUCGAAGAGGGCAUCCAAAAAGCGCGCAGCCCCUGCAGAAGCCACUACCCCCGCCUCCCACAAGAGAUCGAAAGCCUCGGCUCCAGUGGAUACUGCCACCCCUUUCGCAAUUGAACGCGCACUGGCUCUCCCGGUGUCAAAUGCGACAGAAGAAGAGCUUUCCACUAUUGUUCUUUCCACAAACAGAGCACCACUAGUACUUGCCUUUGCUGUUUGUGUUUUGAGGUACACAAUGCCUGAGCAGCCGAUUUCUAGCAGACUGAGUCUCGCCCAGGCUGUCGUCAGCGCCAAUAGCCGCUCAAAGGCUUUCAGUUUGGGUCUCGAAAUUGAGCAAGCCCUUGAGGAGGAAGCCUGGGGAGAAGGGCAGCCUACUGUCUCGGUUUUGGGGCGCACUAUAAAGGUGCUAAAGAGGUGGGACUACAACCCUCGUGAGGGUCAGUCCGCACAAGACUUUCUCCCUGAAGAGGCCACAAUCGAUGGAAUACUAGGGGGGCUUCCUCCAGAUCACUCAGAACCUGCGCCACCGAUUUGGGGGAUUGAUGUCCAAGCAACCAAGCGCGUACAUGGUUCACAGACCAAAGAGAGGCAAGAAACAUCAUUGCCAAUACAUAUGCCAGAAUCUGCACGCUCCUAUCUAGUCAAAUCCUUCAUAAACGCCUCCAGCGAAACCACGAAGCAAUCAAAGCGAUCGAAGAAAAGAGAUCACAUUGAGAUUGAAGCAGAAAAGGAAGCAUGCGUCGGUCAUCUUCUGCGCGCCAUUGAUUUGGUGUGCCGGUCAUGGGCUUCCAUCUUGAGCAAAGACGAUUUAGACCGACGCGCAUGGGCUUGGUAUGUACACGUUAGGCCUUCCAUCAAAAAUGGAGUUGAAGGUUGGGGAGAGAAAGGAGCUGUGAAGCUAGCACAGAUUCUAGCCCUCAAGAGGCAAUAA